ACUCAACUGAACCUUCGACACAGUUCCUAGAAAUUCGUAGAACGGGGCCAUCGAUGGCUUUGCUGGGUUGCAUCAAACAUGGAAUCCAAAGCCGCGUUCAUUAUCUCCAAAAACGUUAGGGUAGGAGACUAUAUUCUUAAGAUGAAAAUCGGGGAAGGUUCUUUCUCCACUGUGUGGAGAGCCCAGCACGCAUUGAGCGGCGAUGAAGUGGCAGUGAAACAAGUUUGCCUUUCCAGACUCAAUCGACGUCUCAAGAGCAGCUUUGACUGUGAAAUCAAUCUCUUAUCCUCUGUCAACCACCCCAAUAUAAUUCGCCUUCUCGACGUCUUCCAGGAAGAUGGAUGUAUAUACCUGGUCUUGGAGUUUUGUGCUGGAGGAAAUUUGGCUUCUUACAUUGAGCGCCAUGGGAGGGUUCAGCAACAAAUAGCUAGAAAAUUCAUGCAGCAUCUUGGUUCUGCUUUAGAAAUAUUGCACUCUCGGGGUAUCAUUCACAGGGACCUGAAGCCAGAGAACAUCUUGUUAUCAAGCCAAGGGGAUGAUGAUUCAGUGCUUAAGAUUGCUGAUUUUGGUCUAUCAAGAACAUUGCAUCCAGGUGAAUACGCCGAGACCGUUUGUGGGUCUCCAUUAUAUAUGGCUCCUGAAGUUCUUCAGUUCCAGAAAUAUGAUGAUAAGGCAGACAUGUGGAGUAUUGGUGCCGUUCUUUUUGAGCUUCUAAAUGGCUAUCCACCCUUCAACGGAAGGAAUAAUGUACAGCUGUUGAAGAAUAUCAGAUCCUGCGGAUGUCUUCCAUUUUCUCAGCGAAUCCUUUCAGAAUUAGACCCUGACUGUCUUGAUAUGUGUUCUAGACUACUGUGCUUAAAUCCAGAGGAGCGUCUAUCUUUUGAUGAAUUUUAUGGCCAUAGGUUUCUAAGAUAAGUCACGGGUCCCAGCAACAGUCCAGGAAUCGAGAGGAGUUAAGAGAAGAGUAAGCGGCGAUUCAAAGCAGCAUGGUGCUUGGUUGUGCUACAGACAAUCUAUCCGGUCAAUGUUUUUGACUGUUGACCAAAACAUGCAAAGGCAAGAGGUUGGAGCUGGGAAUUGAUAGGCCACAAAUGAUUCUAAACAGCUUUGCAUUUGUUUUGUUGCGAUUGUAUGAAAAUUGAAAUGAAAUAGUUGUAUGAUAAUUCGUGUCAUGGAAAAGAAAGAAAGAGAGAAAACUUCCCCCUUGUAAAAUUGUGAUGCAAUCAGAUUUUUUGCCUUUCAAAUAAAUUUUUUUCGCUCGAUAGUUCGAAGGACUUAGACCCUGUUUGAUAUUAUGAUUAAAAUUACAUAUAAAUAUGUUUUAC